AUGUCCUUCCGCGAGCGCUUCCUCCGCGAGCGCCGCCAGGCCACACCUGCCGCCGGCAACUUCGGCACCUGCACGGACCCUAGCAUCAAGUUCGCCGCCGGUCUCGACGGUCGCAAGGAGUCGGCCUUCAUCCCCAACAACCUCAAGGACUUUGGCCACGGCUCCGCUCAAAAGGUCGGCAUUAUCGCCGGCUUCAUCUGCCAGCGCCUCAGCGACUCGUGCAAGGCGCCCGCCGCCAUCCAGGGCACGUGCGCCCAGGCCAGCGCCGCCGCCGUCGCUGCCACCCAGAACCAGGCUGCUGCUGAUGCCUUCAACGGCAUCCUCCUCGGCAAGGCGGCCGCGCUCCCCGCCAAGACUACGCCUACGCCGGCGGCCGGCGUUGCCGCUGCUAUCACGCCUGCACCGGCUACUGGCGAGGACGCGCACCCGCCGCCUGCUCCUGCCGUCAUGUAUAUCACCAAGUGUACGUAG